AGAAAUUUUAAAAAAUCCCUUUUUUUUAAGCGCUCUAUUGCCUGUCACCUUCUUCAUGCCAUCCGCUCGUGUACUACACCUCCCACCGCACGCCGCCACGCCUAUCCCUUUCAUACUCGCACGCGAUCCCCGAUCGCCGCUCGCCGAGCUGCAUCGCGACAGAAUAGUUUCGACGUGUGACCAAAAUGAAUAACAAAGAAACACUGGAGGGUGAGACGGAGAAGUUGGCAGCUCUCCUCGAACAGAGCGAUUUGACAACCGAGAAGCAGCAGCACGCGGUGGCAGAGCAGGCCACAAAAAACACCCAAAAAGAACCCCAAACAGAACCAAAAGAACUGACGGGAAAACCGGACAGUCAGGGACGAGGUGGUGGUAAUGGGAAACAAAAACCGAAUUGGCGGUGGAGCCGCAAGCAGCGGCAGGCGGUCAACGGUGGACAGCAGGCCCCGUAUCGUGGCCGCGGAGGGCAAAACCGCCGUCCCAAUACACGUAAUACACCACCAACAGCAACAACAGAAGGGGCAGACCGCACAUUGCGCAUUAUGAUGGAGGCAAUUCUGGAUAGGUUUUAA